AUCUCCGAGCAUACAUGGCGCCCUCUAACACCGUGACUUUAGUGUGCAGGAUGAAGAGUUAACCACCACAUUCCCCCCCCUUUCUUGUUGUGGAGAUCUCGGCUGUGCCUGCGUCGGUGUGCGGCAGAGAAGCGGCGCAUUGCUGGAGGAGAAUAGAAUAGAAUAGGUAUCAUCACUUCAGACCGAGACGACGGAUGUGGGCUCAUCCCGUCCUGCUGCUGCAAACACACAGAUCUGCCUCGUGUUUUUAUUCCAUCCACAUCCCCUCUAUGUUGCUAGGUGUCUUUGAAAAGGAUGCGAACCUCUGGGGGGAAUUGAGAUGAAAGCUCCGUUUUUACUCGCGCCUGACGAGAUGGUGCUGAACACUCGGUUUGAGGGAAGUUCCCACCAGGCAGCUCAACUCCUCCUCCAUCCCGUCCCUCGUGCUCCUCUGGAGUGUGGACGGCUGCAAGGAUGAACAUUAAAAGACACAGACAAGAAGAGCGCCGUCUUCCGAACAGAGACUCUUAGCAGACGGAUCUGUGCAGCCCCUGCUGAAUCAUCGGAGACCUUCCUGAACGGCAUCAUUCAUCUCUCUUGUGCCCGUUCAAAGAUGCAGUGGGAGGCAUCAUUAGGACAACCUGCUAAGAUCAAACGCAUCUCAUUUGAUCACUGAGGACUAUAAUUAUUCUGCUGAGGAGCGGAGAAUCAUCUCUCAUCUGGGACCUGCAGUUUUUCUCUAUUUUUUCUUUUUUUUCCCCCCUUUUUAUGAGCACUGAAUCAAAAAGGAGAUCGAUCCAGCUGCCUGUUCCUUCCGGCUUCCACAACGUCUGCUUUUGCAUGGGUUGGAGAAUACAAUCUAAACCAGGACAGAGUAUGUCAUCGGCAACUUUUCACAAAAUCCUACGACCCCUUCUGCUCACAACCUUCGUUCUGGGAUGUUUCGUGACAGUGUUUUUGAUGUAUUUUAAACCGUCCACAAGCUGGUUAUAUGGUCCGGUGGAGUCAACGGUCUCCACGGACAGGGUCAAGAACCUCUUUUCCACCAAGAGUGAUAAAAAUGUGACCACGGUGCUGGUCUGGCUUUGGCCCUUCGGACAAACCUACGACCUGAGUGUCUGCGCCUCUCUCUUCAACAUCGAUGGCUGUUUCAUCACAGCGGACAGAAACCUCUACAACAAGUCGGAUGGGGUCGUCAUCCAUCACAGAGACAUCUCCAGCGACCUGACCAACCUGCCGCCGCUCCAGCGGCCGUCCUUCCAGAAGUGGAUAUGGAUGAACCUGGAGUCACCGUCGCAUUCGUCCCAGCUUCCUGGGAUUGAGAACAUGUUCAAUCUGACUCUGAAUUACCGCCAGGACGCUGACAUUGAAGUGCCUUAUGGGUCCAUCGUAGCAGCAGAGACUGAGGAGGACUUUGUACCGCCGAGCAAAAACAAGCUCAUCUGCUGGAUUGUGAGCAACUGGAACCAGGACCACGUGCGGGUCAAAUAUUACAACGAGUUAUACAAACACAUUGAGGUUCAUGCAUACGGACAAGCUUUUGGAGAGUACAUCUCUGACCAAGACUACUUUCCCACCAUGGCCAGCUGCAAGUUCUACUUGUCCUUCGAGAACUCGAUCCACAAGGACUACAUCACCGAGAAACUGUACAACCCGCUGUCCGUGGGCACAGUCCCGGUGGUUCUGGGUCCAGCCAGGCAGAACUAUGAGAACUUUAUUCCAGGAGACGCCUUCAUCCAUGUGGAUGACUUCACUUCGCCCAAGGAGCUGGCCGAGUACCUGCUGCUCCUGGACAAGAACGAGGGAAUGUACCUCAGGUACUUUGAGUGGCGACAGCACUUUAAAGUAAAGAAAGCCUACUUCUGGGCGGAGCACACGUGCCUGGCUUGUGAUUACCUAAGAAGGCACAAGGAAUACAAGGCAGUUAAUAACCUUGACAAGUGGUACUGGGGCUAACAGCCCUUUAAGGACUACUAUAGUGCCCAUCACCUUUUCGGAGAGUGGAUCAAAACUGAAAAAGUGGUAGCCCUGCAAAGACUGGCAUAUACGUAAAGAUAUAUGUGAUAAGUGAGGCAUUAUGAUAAAAAGAAAAAACAAACCAUCUCACCCGUGCUAGUGAUGCAGUCACCUAUGCAGCGUACUGAAUUCAAAUGUGAAGGUGGUUCAGUAGUGUCAUGUACAUAUCUUUGGAAUUCCGUAGCUGUAAAAUGUCCAUAUAUUUGGAAGUUUGCAUUUGCAUUGCUAAUCCAACAGAUUGUUGUGAUCUUUAUGAAGAUUUAGAGUGAAUAUUACUUUAAAACCUAGGUCCUACUGAGCGGCGCCCCACAAGCUGCUGUAACUCGCAGCCAUUUAAGUCAAUGGUCGCAGUCUCGCUAGAAGGGCUAGACCGCGGUUUAGAGGUUUCCCAGAAACCUCUAAACCGCUUCCUCUUCACUCUGCUCUGCACAAGAUAUGCACUGAGUGUUUUUUGACACUCAGCUAUGGCUGAGCCAUGUCGAGUUACAGAUGGCUGAUGGAGCUGGCAGGCUUAGACAAACCGGUCAAUUUUCAAAAUACCAUGAUUGGGCUCCGACUCGUACACUGACAAGACAUUUUAUUUUGACACCACUCAUCAUUUUUUAAAUGUGGAGUAGCAGAAAGGACAUAAACAUAGCAAGAAGUACAGAUUACCAUAUGACUCUCACGUGAUCUCAAAAACCUUGUGCAAACACAUAACUUUACAAUUCACGAGAACAGGCAACGCUUCGGUUGAGACUUGUGGUUGCAAAGAGGAUGGAAAAAAAAAGAAGCCAUGCUUCCGCACUCAGUGGGACCCAGGUGUGAUAAUCUCUCUAAAUACAUGAAAGGUUAAUAUUUAAUAAUGUUUGAACUAGGAAUGGGUGAUAUUUUACCGUUCACGAUAUACCGUCAAAAAAAUUCCACACGAUAAGAAUUUGUCAUCUCGCGGUAAAAACGAUAAAUUCCCGUUGAUGACGUUUUUGUGUAAAACUGAUUUAUGGUUCUGGAAGGAAGGAAGGAAGGAAGGAAGGA